AUGGCGAAAAUUUAUCAAGAUACCCAGGUCGAUCUCCGGCCGUACUCGCCGAACACCAUCGUCAACAUCCCGAUUCCAACACAAACAAGCUCACAAAGCCGAACCCGAUUCUCGAUUUCCUCCCUCACCGGCGUCGACGAACAUGUUGCGAAAGAUGAAGACGAGUUUUCAAGACGAUAUGUCGCGACACAAGGAUCUGUUUAUUUCCGCAAACGCAACGUCUACCCGCGAGCGUUUCUCUGGAGAGUUGUUAACGAAAGCAAGGUUUUGGAGAUCCAUUGCGUGGAUCUGACCAAGGGCGGCGUUGAAAACCACGAGUAUAAUGUUACCUUGCGAUUGGACUUCCAGGAGGAGAUUCUGCCGGCGGGUGUUGCUCUCGCAGACUUGGAAGACCAUGAAGUGCUGAAUGUGUUUGUAAUCACGGCCUCCAAGGAGCUGCACACCCUUGCACUGCGCCCGGAGUUCUUUAGGAGAGCAGCAUCGAUUGAUGAAAACAUUUCGGAUUGGUGCAAAUCCUAUGUUCCGGCACCUCUGGCCUUUUCACACCCGCAUCGAUUGCACGCGAGUAGCCCGCUGGAGCUGUUCAUUUCCCUGGACAACGGCGCGCUCCUGCGCUUGACCCGGAAGGCCGGUAGUGAUGGCUCGAGUUGGUCCCCCCUUACGCUUGACGAAAGAACCUGGGGUGCUUCAAUUCGGGGAUUGGUUAGGUGGAAUGCCCAAACUUCUAUCAAAUACGGCGGUCGCACACUCGAUGCGAAUGUAGCGAAUGCGAUCGCCACGACAUCCGAUCAGACAUAUGCUUUUGCGGCCUGUCUGAACCACACGCUGAAGAUUUGGAACCUCGCAACGAACAAGUUGGUGGCGACAAAAGACUUACUUGGUCGUGAAAUACAACAACACGAAGCCUUAUCGUACUCGUUGAACCCAUCCGAAUCGUCAUUCAUCCGCGUAUUCAACGUUGAGAGAGCUUUGGAUGGAGGAUACCGCUAUUACGUCGUGACAUACUCGCCUUUUGAAGAUGGGUGCUUUAAGUUCUGGGCUGUUAAAGGCGGGCUCACCACCCCCUUGGUGAUUGAAGAUCUUUUCCCCGAUGAUACGCUGAGGCCCUCGGACCCCGACUCGAGCGGAAAUAUGUUCUGGAGUAUUGCUGAUUUCGAGGUCAAGCCGGCUGAAGAAGGGAAGCGCAUGGAGCUGUGGAUUUUGUGGAGGAACAGUGGUCUCUACCGACUAUACACCCUUCACUUUAACUUCGAAUCUCUAGUUUCGGAUUGGGAGAGCAAUUGGACCUCUGCAACGUCAGAUAGUCGCAGACACGAGCCCCCACCGCGCGCAGCAUCAUCCGAUGUCGUUGACCCGACAGAGAAGUGGCUAGAAUAUCUCCUACAGCCGAAUAGGUACUCAUCGGAGGUCCUCGAAACCGCUUUAGCAAUUUACCGGGAAGCCCUCAAGCCCCUUUCAUCGUCAAGCUCGCUGAAGAAGAGCGCCCCUCUCUCAGAACGACUGUGCUCUACCAUCGCAGCUACAGUGUCUCUCCGAAAAUUUGAAGAUGAUGAGAUGGAUUUCCCACGGUACCGGACAGAUACAGACUCAAAGUGGCGACAGUUUUGGCAGGUUGUAGACGAUCUCAAUAAGAAGAGAUUUGAACCUGUCAGUCUCGCCUACGACUCGUACUACGAAACUCCCUGGCUGCUUCUUACGGAUAGUUGUGCAGUAGUCCGGGAAUGCAGCUCAACAGAGCUUCUCUUGCAUAACCAAGGGCCUGUGCUUCGAGAUGAUGGUCCCAAGAUUGCGGACCGCUGGAGGCACCGGAAUCUGGACUCGGAGCUCGGUGACCUGUUUGAAGAAGCAUCUCACUUGAUGACAGCCGCAUCCGACUUUAGAAAGAGAUUCUCGGCCGAUCUUGAUGCGGCCUGCGCAGGUGCCAUCGAUGCUGAGAUCUUUGCGGAACCUUCAUCGUCUGUUCAGGAUAGGAUGGAUGCUUUCCGUGACCGGUGCGACUUUUCGGAGCAGAUUUCUAACCAGACUUAUGACGACUUAAUCGCCGAGAUGAACCAGAAGCUGAACAUUUAUAUGCUAUCCAGCGAAAUAUUCUUCAAAAUACUCGAGACUAUUCCGCUUGGGUUCCCCGGAAAAGACUCUGACCUCCUUCCUACACAUUUCGGAGUGAAGGUCACCGUGAAUGGCGUCCAGGAGACGAUUCUGUUUACGCAGAACAUUCUCAUUGAUCUUUUGGUACUUGUUGUGUUUGUCGACGGCGAGGUGCAACAGGAAGAUGGCUCUACCUUCGAUGCAGUUGAACUGUUCGUUGAGAUAGUUACCCUGCUUCGAGAGUAUAAGAUGAUGUCGUGGCUGAGCUCAAAUACGCGGAAGGCAUCUGUCAGAUCCGAAAUGGCAACAGAGGAUUCGUCAGUGCCUUCAUUUUCUUUAACCACUCCACCUGUAAACGUCAAGGAUAGAAGAGUUGUGACUGUCUUGGAGGAUUUAUUCGCGACGGAUAUUAAACCCCGUCAGGCCAUUGGCGUUCCCCAGAGCUACACGCUCACGCUUGGGAUUCGAGAUGUGCUAUCCUGGGUGACUCGCCCAGGUGAGGUGGCCUACCCUAAUGCCUUGGUCUACAUACAAUGUGACCUGAUAGCCAAGGGUAACAUCGACCUGGCCUGGGAUUUCCUGCGCUUCCAAGUAAGCACAUCCUGGUCAACUUAUGUUAAGGGUCGUCUGUAUGUGGCCAUGUCCGAGCUUGAUACCGCAGCCUUGUACUUCAGAAAAGCUGCGUAUCUCCUCUCUUGUGGAAAGCCGCUGGGCAACCUGCACGAGAUGUCCUCGACUCUGCUCGACAUUGUCUCUGUGGAUUGCUUUCACAAUGGACUUCCGAAGUAUUUCCAACAUGUGCUGUCGAUAUUUGAACAGGCCCGCGCGUUUUCCCAUGUUUCGGAGUUUGCCAGCUUAGCAUUACAGGCCCUCAGUAGUGAGCAUGGGAGCGAGCAAGACCCGGAGGUCUCGCGAUUAAAGAACGACCUUCUUUCGCGCCUCUUCUCUGCUUCGUUGCAGAUCUGUCAAUUUGACCAGGCAUAUUCUGCACUCUCUCGGUACCAAGAUUCGGCACUGCAGAAAUCCUCCCUGACUUCCCUCAUCACCAGUAUUCUGGCCGCUUCAGGUUCAGGUAGCGCUGGGCUUGAACAGAUCCUUCAUUUUCCGACAUCACUCAUUCCUAACGUUGCUGUGCACGUAGACGAGAUCUUGGUUUCUCUCGCGCAGAAACAACCCUGGUCUACUUCUCUCUUGGACACUACGAACAAGUGGGCUGAAGGCACGGUAGACUACCAGAGAAUCCUACAAGCCUACCGCAUCAAACGUGGUGACUACCGUGGAGCAGCAGAAGUUGCCUACCACAAUGUUGAACGCCUCCGCCAGGCUAGAAACACAUCCGCCCACCACCUACUCUCUAAAGCCAAAGCAGGCGACGCUCUCCACAUCCUAGAGGAAGACGAUCCAGAGAGCAACGAAAUCAGACACGAGUUAUUAUCCCUCAUCAACCUCCUCGCAUGCGUGGAUAAGAGUGAAUCUUAUAUCCUGGUCGACAAAGAAGAACCUCGUUCAGCUGCCAGCCGCAAUAGCAUGAAGCCACCCGCAGCAGCUGAAGACGACGAUGGUAAUGUCUUCAUGGAUGAAGCAACAGCUUCACCUAGCUCCCGCCACGGCUCGAUUUCCAGUCUCAGAGCCCUAUCCGGCAAGUCCAACGGACAAUCCAUUUCAUUCCCGCAGCCUGCCACCACUGGGCACGGUCUCCGACGACGAGUCAUAGUCACGCUCGACCACCUACGCCGCGAGUACCAGUCUGAGCUGGACAGGGUUAGCAGGAUCGAACGCGGCGACUGGGAGUUUGGUCUCGAUGCCGGGUUCGACCUUAAUGAGAUGGUGCCUGAUAAUGAUGAUACGAUGCUGCUUGCUUGA